AUGUGGCUUGGAAAAACAAUUCAAGCUAUUUCUUUAAUUGCUACUACACUGGAAGCAUCAAGACAAUUCGAACAUCAGGAAUCUGCAACAGCUGUCAACCAUCCAAACCACCACCUCCGUGCAUCUCACACGACACUUUUGAUAUGUCCCACUAGCCUCAUGGACAACUGGGAAGAAGAGGUUCGAAAACACACCAGAAAACACAGCUUGAAAGUCUUGCGCUGGCAUGGCACAGACAGAGUUAAAAUUCCUCUACGUGAUAUGCACUCAGCCGACAUCAUCAUUACAACCCCCAAAACCCUUGUAUGGGACCAGCGGCAAGAUGGGACAACACGGCUCCCUUUUACAACCAGGUGGUACAGAGUGGUCAUUGAUGAAGCUCAUGUAAUCCGUAAUGAAACCAGCUCCCAUGCAGUACUCACCUCUUUGGAAUCAGUCAACCGGCUCUGUCUCACUGGAACUCCACUCCAUAACCGAAUUGGAGACUUGCACAUGCUCUUCAAAUUUCUACACAUCAAGCCUUUUCACCAAGACUCUGUGUGG